UACAGGUGAGGCGAAAAAUAAACAGCACCACCUAUUUGCCUGCUACUUCAGAAUCGACUUCCCCUUGCGUACCGUCAUAAAGAAUGUGGAAUGUCGGCGACGCCCUUGGUACUUUGUGUACUUUGAAAGGUGUAGCCAGUGUAGAAGUGACGUCUGGCUUUGGGUGCAACUACUGAACACUCACAGAGCGAGAGAGGCCCUUCGUAAUACUAGUGCUGUUAUCAUUUGCUGUGUAAAAUGGCAUCGUUAAGUCUGGCGAAAUUGUUGACUGUGGUCUUUCUAUGGGGAUUAGUCAGCGGUUCAACAACAUUAACACCGACUGGCAGUACAGGUGUAAUGACAACAUCUGUGGGUGAAAUGACGACAGCAGUAGGUGGCACAACGACAGCAACCGGUAGCGCAACGACAGCAGCAGGUGAAAUGACGACAGCAGCAGGUGGCGCAACGACAGCAGCAGGUGGAAUGACGACAGCAGCAGGUGGCGCAACGACAGCAGCAGGUGGAAUGACGACAGUAGUAGGUGGCACAACGACAGCAACAGGUGGCGCAACGACAACAGAGGGUGGAAUGACGACAGCAGCAGGUGGCGCAACGACAGCAGCAGGUGGCGUAACGACAGCAGCAGGUGGCACAACGACAGCAGCAGGUGGCGCAACGAUAACAGCAGGUGGCGCAACGACAGCUGCAGGUGGCGCAACGACAGCAGCAGGUGGAAUGACGACAGUAGUAGGUGGCACAACGACAGCAACAGGUGGCGCAACGACAACAGAGGGUGGAAUGACGACAGCAGCAGGUGGCGCAACGACAGCAGCAGGUGGCGUAACGACAGCAGCAGGUGGCACAACGACAGCAGCAGGUGGCGCAACGAUAACAGCAGGUGGCGCAACGACAGCUGCAGGUGGCGCAACGACAGCAGCAGGUGACACAACGACAGCAGCAGGUGGCGCAACGACAGCAACAGGUGGCGCGACGACAACAGAGGGUGGACUGACGACAGCAGCAGGUGGCGCAACGACAGCAACAGGUGGCGCAACGACAACAGAGGGUGGACUGACGACAGCAGCAGGUGGACUGACGACAGCAGCAGGUGGCGCAACGACAGCAGCAGGUGGCGCAACGACAGCAGCAGGUGGCACAACGACAGCAGCAGGUGGCGCAACGAUAACAGCAGGUGGCGCAACGACAGCUGCAGGCGACGCAACGACAGCAGCAGGGGGCGCAACGACAGCAGCAGGCGACGCAACGACAGCAGCAGGUAGCGCAACGACAGCAGCAGUGGGCGCAACGACAGCAGCAGGUGGAAUGACAACUCAGCCAGAGUCUACCACAGACCAAGAGGGCGUAAGCAGCUCUCCCCAGGUCGAUGAGCAGACGAUCAUCAUCAUCGCGGUUGUGGUGGCGGCCUCCGUACUUGUACUGGUGCUCGCGGUGACCGGGAUAAUUGUGUACAUGCGCCGACAUAACAAGAGCGCCACCUUGUCAUCUUCAAACGUUGAGUUGGCCCAGCGGUGAAAGUAGAUUAGCAGCAGCCGGCAUCUAAUUUUAGCCCGACAGUUGGAAACGUUUAUAGUCUGUACAAUCAAAUUUAUGCACAUAUAAAUGACAAUACUUUCCUCAAAAUGUUGUCCAAGGCCAGCUUAGAAAACUGACCAAUUCUAACUAGAACUACAUCUAUUUGUGAUAAAGUUCUAAAGAGAUACCAGUGUUUAGCUUUUAGGACUCAAACUAGAACUAUUUAUUAUUCUUUUGUACCUUAUCUAAGUGAGUACUGUAAAUGCAUCUAUAAAAUGUUUUGGGCAUUGGUGAUUUUGAAAUGCUUCAAAUUUGGGCGAAUUUUUCUUACUUCAAGUUUUUUUUUGCAUGGAGAUUGUUAUCAUCAUAAAAGAUGACAAAAGAUUAAAAGACAGCCGUCUUAAACUUUUCAUUGUAUCUUUAUGAAAAGACAGACAAUUGUUUUCUUUGGUAUACACGUGUAAGUCAUAGAAGCAUAAAACCAAAUAUCUAAUCAAAUGAGAAGGAGAAUAUUACCCAGGUAUAGGUCAGUAACAUUUAAAAAAAAAGCGUUGCUGCGCUUGAUAAAGGCACUUGCCGCAUGCGAACAAAUUGUCUGUGGCAGUAUCUUAGCAUACAUAAACUAAGAGGUAUUUCUUCUGCAUCAAGAUUGUAAAAGACGUCGACAGGCGAUCUGAUGAUAGAUAUAACCCGGGUUAUAUAAUGAUUGCAUUAUCUGUAAAUUCUCUGUUGACGUCGGCCUACAUGGAUGUUAUAAUUCUACUUGGCAUCCUUAAGUUUGCAUUUACAUGUACACAAUUCGCUAGGUUCAUACUCACUGUUUUCAAUUUAAAGAAUGAUCUCAGAUAAUGGGAGAAAACUAUGUCUUGUUCCAGAAACACCAGCACAAUUUGUGGUUCAGGGUAGUUAGUAACUAUAGCAAUGGCAUGUAGAUUCGUAUCUAUAAAUAAAGUACACAUAAUCAUGCCUAA